GCACAAAGAAAGAAAAACAAACAUGAAAAACAUUUUUAGAUGUCUGAAAUAACAACACAACAACAAUCUGACAGUCUUGUAAUAUAAAGGUAGUCAGGUAAAGAAGCACUGUUAAAAUUGUUUAUGAUGUAAAAGCAGUUUCACUUACUCCCACCAGAUGAAUUUAACCACAAGCUCUAUUGAACCCCACCCUUAAAAAAACAUUAUACUGACAUCUCUCCUCAAAUUGGAAGACAAGUAUAUUCAUAAAUCAUUACAUGCAUGCUAAAUCAAAGUGCUUCAUAGGAGAUCAUCACUCAGUCUUUAUCUGAUAUCAAGAAGUAAACCUAAAAAACUUGAAUAAGAUGAAAUAAAGAGUAAUCAUUUAUUAAAGUGAGAUUACCAGUGUAAGGACCUGAGAACUAAAGUGAUAUUCUUGGAUUUUUCUGUGAUUUUAAGAUAACCUAAAAGUCGACCCUGCUGCUGAAGAAAAUGUUUCUCAUGUUUGUUUUUCUCUGUUUCUGCUUCACUUCUCUGGAUGGUGUGUUUGGUGAUGAAGUGAAGUCAGUGUCAGUGAUGGAGGGAGAUUCUGUUACUCUACACACUCAUCUUACUGAAAUAAAGAGACGUGAUCUGAUUAUGUGGCGGUUUGUUGUAACUCAAGAGUUUAUUAUAGUUAAAAUCAAUGAAGGAGCAAAUAAGACAUCAACAUAUCCUGAUGUUCUUGAUGGGAGAUUCAGAGACAGACUGCAGUUAAAUAAUCAGACUGGAGAUCUCACCAUCACAAACAUCACAACUCAACACACUGGACUUUAUCAAAUGACCAUCACCAGCGUGAAAACGUCACCACACAGAUUCAAUGUUAUUGUCUAUGCUCCUCUGCACGUUCCUAUCAUCACCAGAGACUCUUCACAAUGUUCACCAUGUGUGUUGUUGUGUUCAGUGUUGAAUGUGAGAGAUGUGAGUCUGUCCUGGUACAAAGGAAACAGUUUAUUGUCCAUCAUCAGUGUGUCUGAUCUCAACAUCAGACUCUCUCUACCUCUGGAGGUUGAAUAUCAGGAUACAAACACAUACAGAUGUGUACUCAACAAUACCAUCACAAACCAAACUCAACAUCUCAACAUCACUCAACUCUGUCAGCCGUGUUCAGAUCUCACCUUUAUUUUGAUCUGUUGUUCUGCUGUUGGAUGUCUGAUGAUUGUCACUUCAGUUUUGAUCUUCUGCAUCUACAGGAAACACAAAAAUACACAUCAACAGGAGAUCUGCAGUAGAGGAUGAUAUGGUGUAUGCAGGAGUCAUGAGACAUUAAAAAUUCUGUGAUUCUCGGAUCAACAUUCAGCUGC